AUGGCAAAAACUCUAUCAGCUUCCCAGGCAGACAAAGAACAUGCCCUGGUCGUAUCCCGCGACUUCAUAUCCCAACCCCGUCUGACAUACAAGACGGUGUCGGGUGUAAACGGGCCUUUGGUCAUUCUCGACGAGGUGAAAUUCCCCAAGUUCUCUGAAAUCGUACAGCUGAGACUUGCCGAUGGCACUCUACGAUCAGGACAGGUGUUGGAGGUUAGCGGCAACAAGGCCGUGGUCCAAGUGUUCGAGGGUACUUCGGGUAUUGAUGCUAAAAACACCCUGUGUGAGUUCACCGGUGACAUCUUGAGGACUCCGGUGUCCGAAGAUAUGUUGGGUCGUGUAUUCAACGGUUCCGGCAAGCCCAUAGACAAGGGACCUCCAAUCCUUGCCGAGGAUUUCUUGGAUAUCCAGGGACAGCCCAUAAACCCAUGGUCACGUAUAUACCCCGAGGAAAUGAUCCAGACUGGUAUAUCUGCCAUCGACGUGAUGAACUCGAUCGCUCGCGGUCAGAAGAUCCCCAUCUUCUCAGCCGCUGGUUUGCCUCACAAUGAGAUUGCGGCACAGAUCUGUAGACAGGCCGGUCUUGUCAAGGUGCCCGGUAAGUCAGUUUUGGAUGAUCACGAGGACAACUUCGCCAUAGUGUUCGCUGCUAUGGGUGUCAACAUGGAGACGGCUCGUUUCUUCAAGCAGGACUUCGAGGAAAACGGUUCUAUGGAGAAUGUGUGCCUGUUCCUUAAUCUGGCCAAUGACCCCACCAUCGAGAGAAUCAUCACGCCGCGUCUGGCUCUUACUGCCGCUGAGUUUUUGGCUUAUCAGUGCGAGAAACACGUGUUGGUCAUCCUUACUGACAUGUCUUCAUACGCUGAAGCUCUGCGUGAAGUAUCCGCCGCCCGUGAGGAGGUGCCCGGACGAAGAGGUUUCCCCGGUUACAUGUACACCGAUUUGGCUACCAUUUACGAGCGAGCUGGUCGUGUUGAAGGCAGGAAUGGGUCUAUUACUCAAAUACCCAUCCUGACUAUGCCCAACGAUGACAUCACCCAUCCCAUCCCUGAUUUAACGGGUUAUAUUACUGAGGGACAGAUCUACGUGGACCGUCAGCUCCACAACCGUCAGAUCUACCCGCCAGUGAACGUGCUGCCCUCUCUGUCGCGUCUCAUGAAGUCCGCCAUCGGAGAGGGCAUGACCCGCAAGGACCACUCCGACGUGUCCAACCAGCUGUACGCUUGCUACGCCAUCGGUAAGGACGUGCAGGCCAUGAAGGCUGUAGUAGGAGAGGAGGCUCUCACGCCCGACGACUUGCUGUACUUGGAGUUCCUUACUAAGUUUGAGAAGAACUUCAUCACUCAGAGUAACUAUGAGAACCGUACCGUAUUCGAGUCUUUGGAUAUCGGCUGGCAGCUGCUUCGUAUUUUCCCUAAGGAGAUGCUCAAACGUAUCCCUGCUUCUAUACUUGCUGAGUUCUACCCUAGAGAUUCGCGUCAUUAA